UUUCGAGCGAGACUACGUGCGAUCUUGAAGGAAGAAGAAACACAUAAACAAUAAUACAAAGUUAAUUGGACAGACUUUGUCCAAUUUUUGUUGAAAUUUUAACGAAAUACUGCAGUUUUUAAACUCCAAAAGUGCUCGGGCGUUCGUGUGAUUAGUUUGCGCUAGUGGGUAUCGGUAAUUGUGAUGAAAUUCGAGCAAAAACGAGUUCCAAAUUAGGGACACAAAACAAAGAAUAUUAUUUUUGUCACCCCUCAAUGGAUGGUGCUUCUUUUUUGGGUGAUGCUUGAGCGAUAAUAAUAUGGAUGCGGUAAUUAUCAUCGUUGGGAAGAGGAGCUGCUGAAUUUCACAAUCAGAGGCAGAGCACGUGAAUGAUGCGAUUGAAGGGCAUCAAACCGUCGGCAAUCCUCGAGCAGGGGACAAAACGGUGCCGCCGGUCCGAAACCAAGCAGGAGGAAUGCCCGAAGAAGAAAAAGUUGGACCUAUGGAAAAAGAUUGUUUCAAUCCUGAAUAAGGCUGAAUCUAAACGGAGCGGCGAUGAUGAGCGUUUGCUUGGGAAUCAUAAAACACUGGUCAAGCAGAUUCUGGAGCGGAGGAAACGGAGGGUGGUCUAUAAGGAGCGGAUGCUGGAGAAGGAAGAUGAACCCGAGGAGAUAGAAACGAAAGCGCUGAGACUGGCUCAAGCGAUAGCAAGGUCGAAUCACUUGAUGGUAUACACCGGGGCCGGCAUUAGUACCUCGGCAAAGAUUCCGGAUUACCGUGGCAGUCAGGGCAUUUGGACACUGUUGGCACAAGGAAAGGAUAUAGGCGAGUAUGAUUUGUCGCUGGCAGAUCCGACAUACACUCACAUGGCACUGUCUGAGCUGCACCGAAGAGGAAUACUGAAGCAUGUAGUAUCUCAGAAUUGCGAUGGAUUGCAUCUAAGAUCCGGACUGCCAAGGUUUUGUCUAUCGGAAGUUCAUGGCAAUAUGUACGUCGAAGUGUGCAAGAAUUGUAAACCGAACGUCGAAUACUGGCGACUUUUUGAUACGACGCAACGCACGUCUACCCACAAGCACAAAACGAAUCGCCGGUGCAGGAAGUGCGGAAAACCUUUGAUCGAUACGAUCGUCCAUUUCGGCGAACGUGGGCAACUGAAGUGGCCAUUGAACUGGGCUGGAGCAACACCCCAUACCGAAAAGACUGAUGCCAUUCUUUGCCUGGGCUCUAGCCUCAAAGUCCUCCGAAAGUACAACUGGCUAUGGGCCAUCGAUAAGCCGAUCAAGAAACGUCCCAAACUGUUCAUCGUUAACUUGCAGUGGACGCCGAAGGAUAAGGUUUCGGCACUGAAGAUCAACGGAAAGUGCGACGAAGUUAUGAGACUGGUUAUGAAGCAUUUGAACAUCGACGUUCCGGAGUAUAAUCGAAUUAAGGAUCCUAUUUUUGCUCAUGCUACCCUUCUACUGCCCGAGGAACAGCAUACGGCUUCCCAGCCGAUGCUCAAGAAAGCCAUCAAGGACGAAAUCUGCGGGGAAAGCUCCUCCUCGAAUGGGUUCCAAGUUAAACAAGAACCUUUGGCAGACAAUGUGGAAGUUAAGAAAGAGCCUACGUUGCAGCAGAUUCCCCUACUUCUCAGUCCACCGUCCUUACUCACACCUCAGCAGCUCUAUAUCAAUAAUCUACUGCUGCAACAGCAACUCAACAAUUAUAACAUUGUCCUGAACGCAGCUCAACUGCAAAUCAAGAACGAAGCAAAUCCGGAUUCAACAACCUUACCGCCUAAGUUACCUGUCCCGCCUCUUGUUCCUUGUUCGCCGAAUGGCAUCCGUCCUGCGACCAGUCCUCAAUCCACACCUCACCAACAACCCAUUCCACAGUCACCUCCACCGGUGAACGUUAUAAAAAUCGACACCGCUUCUAGUCUGUUCGGGAACCUGCGUCACAUGAUGAACCCAGGCAUUGACCCCGGUUCACUCAAAUCACCCACUGCAACCGACCCCAAACCAAUGACCACGCCCAGCAAAAUUCACAUUCUUAUGAAGCCAUUUAUGCCAGCUGCUACAGACGUCCCCAAGCUUAUACCAUUGACAGUGCCAGUGAAACCCGAACCGGAUAAACCAAGUGACAACUGCACAGUGAAUCAAACAGAAACACCACUUAAUUUGCUACAAUCUUCAGACUCUACGGAAACAAAUACGGAGAAACAGUCAGCAUCAGUGUUUGAUGAUCCAGUAAAAAUCAGCGAGAGUCUUCCGGAUUGCAUUCUUCAACAGGACGAAACCGUUCAGAAACAGCCGGACGAAAAGGUACGAACAGACGUUCCGCCUGCUGAUGACGUAAAAUCGCUAAGCGACACGCCUUCAACCUUAUCCAAAUCGGAAACAGAUGGUCGUGUGGAAUCUAUCAACGAUCCACAGCAGUGUGAAACGGAUUCCACAUUGAGGGAUACUGAACAGACAUCAGCUAAAGCGGAAAAUAGCUUACCCAAUCACGUUGAAGUUUCAGGCGAAGUUGAACCUAAAUCGACCGAAGAAAAGGAUGAUAACCACGCAGAAUCCGAUAGUGUCGAAACAGGAACACCUCUUGUUUCUUCGGAACGUACCAAAAGUAUGGACAACUGUUGUGACAAGAUUGAAGAUCCAGGGAGAGAAAACUCUUUAGAGGCACCACCAGACACCAAAAGGUUGACCGGAUCGGAAGCAGAAACUACGGGAACUAAACCUGCAGAAGAUCCACAAGCCAGUCAACCGCCGCCUCCCAAUACGGUCAAAGUGAUCCUGAGCCAUAGUCCGAUCUUUAGUUUGUACGAAAGUGCUCCCAAGUUCGUCAACGGGUUCCCACCUGGAUUGACCCUCAUCAAUCCUAUCAAAUUUCAACUGCCGAUCAAACUACAACCCACUCCGAAUGCGGCGGGGGCAGCACCCAAUUCUCAACCGUUAGCCGGAACAACUGUUCCAACGAAAGUUCUCGGGGACAGUAACAACAAGAAUGUUCCAGUUCCACCAACCAAUCCGAUUGAUAGGAAAAUUCUGGCUGCCAGCAGAAUCAUUCUUGGAGGACAGCAACCCAUACUACCACGUUUGGUAACACCUUCGAGAGGAACUUCAGAGCUCAAAAGCUUCCGCUUGCGGAGUCCACAGAACAAUAUCCCAGGCAACAAGGAUGUCGUUGACCCUCCGAGGCCUAUUGGGCCAUCAAUUUCAAAAGUAGCUAGUCCUCCGCAUUCUACUAACGGAUUGCUUGUACGACCUCCACUGAUAGUCAAUGGUGCCGUACCUUCACCGCUUAUGAUCAACGGUAUGCCCGCCAUUAUUACCUCCAAUGUGGGGACAAACGCCCAGAAAGCCAUUCCAGUAAACCCGGCUCAUCGAUUCCCAAUAGCCUACGUGUUGAACAAUGGCAUGCAAAACCAAACCGGGAAUAUUGUCCUACUCACGGCACCUCCAAGACCUAUGAGUCCUACAAAAGUAUUUACUCCCAGUUUUCCUCAAGUUCCUAUCCAAAAAACACCAACCAAGCUACCACAGACUCCUCCCGAUUCCACACCGGAUCAGUCGAUCCAGGAUACCUCGACAGCAGAUAUGAAACCACAUCCUCCUCCUCCCACGGAUGAUGAGUCCCGACAAACACCAUCCAAAACUGCCCGAAGAUCUAGAAGGAUAGAAUCAACCACGAACGACGAAAAUACUCCAGCCGUCACGGAUUGUACCGUGGAGUCAACCCCCGAUAAAGUCACCUUGGAGACUCCUCAGAAGACGGAUGUGGAUUCGACACCCGACGAGACAACUCCAUCUCCCGGACGGACGCGUAGUUUCCGAAUUCGCAAGAAAACCGACUUCCUCAACAUCAAACACCCGGAGAAGAAACGUCCGAAAAAGGAUCCGCCUAAGGAUGUGACGCCGAACGCCACGAAGCAAGAUGUUAAGCAGGAUGAUUCAGCGGCAAAAGAACCACAGCAAACGCCCACUAAACCGGUUGCAGGACAACCUACAGUGCUACAAACGAUUGUUAUGUCUCCGAGCGGUGCUUCAUUUCUACGGACACCUCCUACGUCACCGGCAGGAUCGACCAUACCCAUGAGAAGUUUCCUCACGUUCACACCCCCGGGCGGAUACCUCCAGCAGUUUGUCACAACGUCGACGUUGCAGGGCGGAGUUGCCGAAUCCGCCCAAGAGAAGGUGAAACGUAUCCUCAACUACUGCAAGGUCCUGCAGGCACAGGGUUCCGGCCAGUUGCCCCAGUGGUACGACGUGAAUUACGCCUACUCUGGGUUGCACAGCAUCAUCCACCCACCGCCACCGAAUGUGAACCUGUGGGGAGGCUCACCGAACAAGCAGCAACGCGAAGCCGCCGUCGAGUGUAAGUUCUGCUUCGAAAACUACCGGCAGCCCGUGUGUCAAUUCUACGCCACGCAGCCGGCGGAAUUCGCCGUGAAAUCGAUGCGCCGUGGAAAGACCAUCGUUUGCGAGUGCUGCGAUUUCUCCGACGAAGAGGAUGAGCAGCAGGAUGAGAUUAAGACGGAAGAGGAGGAUAAGGAAGACGCGGAAGAGAAAGUACCGAAGGACGAGCAGGUCGAGGUCAAAGAAGAGAUCAAUCCGGUUCCAUCGACCUCCAAGGAGGAAAUCAAGAGUGAACUGGAGUCCGAUGCGUCGGAGGAAAAACCGCUGGAUAAACGGCAAUUGGACGAAGCUGGAGCAAGGCAGAAGCGAUUGACUGUAAGGCAAGAGCAAACGCCAGUGGUUAGUAAGGAGAGUUCGGUCAAGGCGAUCGUAGGUAAAAAGAGUCGCGUCAGGCCGGGUUGGUACGGUAAAGGUUACGGUAAGUUACGGAAGAAGAAGAAGCGUUUUGUCUAGAAAGUUACUUUAAGUCACAGGAGAGGAUUGCUGCAUUUCUUUCAGGAUUUCGACUUUUGUGUCAUGUGUGCAUUUUUAUGUUUAAUAUGUAGUCUCACAUUGUUCGACAAAUACCGUGUGAAGUUUGAUAAAGCAUUCAUUGUUGCCGUAUGCCGUAUUCGUCACUAAACUUAAAUUAUGUUUGUACCAGUUAGCCUUUUUGAGAAGGCGUCCGGUUGCUUACUUGGAAAUGAUGAGUUCGAUUCUCUAUAUCGAACCUAUCGAGCCACCAAAUUGCGAUUGAAGAACACAAACUCAAUAUAUUUUUUUAAAUUUUCCUCAGACACUCGCACUAAGUGAUCAGCCCACUGAUGUCUGUCUCAUGUCGAUAUGCUGAAUAAUAUUCCCACAUAUGUGCGCUCAAUAUAUCUCGUGAUUUAAGAGUUUGCGCCACACACUAUUUUCUUAUUUUCUAGAAAGUAUUGUCUGCAAUUUGGGUAUUUUUGACAACAGAUCAUCAAUUCGGGUUAUUCCUGCUCUGCACGCUUCACAUGGAUUAUAGUCGAAUAGUGUUGUCGACUUGUGUUCGCGAUG